AUGGCGGAGCUGCCGCUGCCCGCCGGGCUCCGCGCCCGCGCCUUCCCCGCCAAGCUCUGCAGCGCGAGCGCCCCCGCUGCCCCAGCGGCGUUUCCCCGGGCCGAGCCCCGGGCCCGCGGCAGGGCCGGAGCUCGCGGCCCGCUCUCGUUCUUUGCGCCGCUGCUCGGCUCCGAGGACGCCGACCUGUCGGUGGUGGAGUACGACCCCGGCACCCACGACCUCAAGACUCUGUCCCUGCACUACUUCGAGGAGCCGGAGCUCAGGGACGGCUUCGUGCAGAACGUGCCCACGCCGCGGGUGCGCGUGGACCCCGGCGGGCGCUGCGCGGUGAUGCUGAUCUACGGCACCCGCCUGGUGGUGCUGCCCUUCCGCAGGGACUCGCUGGCCGACGAGCACGAGGGGCUGGUGGGAGAGGGGCAGAAGUCGAUUUUCCUGCCCAGCCACAUCAUCGACGUGCGCGAGCUGGACGAGAAACUGCUCAACAUCAUCGACGUGCAGUUCCUGCACGGCUGCUACGAGCCCACGCUGCUGACCCUCUGUGAGCCCAACCAGACCUGGCCCGGCUGUCCCCACAUGAGGGUGGCAGUGCGGCAGGACACGUGCAGCAUCGUGGCCAUCUCGCUGAACAUCCUGCAGCGCGUGCAGCCGGUGAUCUGCUCCCUGAGCUCGCUGCCCUUCGACUGCACCCAGGCACUGCCCGGGCCCAAACCC